GAAGUGGCUCCUCAGCGCCGCAGCUAGUUUUCCUCGUAGACAGGCGCACUGGAGUUUGUGCUGCUAGUGGUGCACGAGGUUGGUGGGUUCUGCUUUAAACGCCUCUGUAAACCGAGAUGUCUCACCCGUCCCCACAAGCUAAGCCUUCCAAUCCCAGUAAUCCCCGAGUCUUCUUUGACGUGGACAUCGGAGAGGAGCGAGUUGGUCGAAUUGUCUUAGAAUUGUUUGCAGAUAUUGUACCCAAAACUGCAGAAAAUUUUCGUGCAUUGUGUACAGGCGAAAAAGGCAUUGGACCCACUACUGGGAAACCUCUCUAUUUCAAAGGAUGUCCUUUUCAUCGAAUUAUUAAGAAAUUUAUGAUUCAGGGUGGAGACUUCUCAAAUCAGAAUGGGACAGGUGGAGAAAGUAUUUAUGGUGAAAAAUUUGAAGAUGAAAAUUUCUACUAUAAGCAUGAUCGAGAGGGUUUAUUGAGCAUGGCAAAUGCAGGCCGCAAUACAAAUGGUUCUCAGUUCUUUAUCACAACAGUUCCAACUCCUCAUUUGGAUGGGAAACAUGUGGUGUUUGGCCAAGUAAUUAAAGGAAUUGGUGUGGCAAGGAUACUGGAAAAUGUCGAAGUGAAAGGUGAAAAACCUACCAAAUUGUGCGUUAUUGCAGAAUGUGGAGAACUCAAAGAAGGGGAUGAUUGGGGAAUAUUCCCAAAAGAUGGCUCUGGUGAUAGUCAUCCAGAUUUCCCUGAGGAUGCAGAUAUAGACUUAAAAGAUGUAGAUAAAAUUUUACUAAUAACAGAAGACUUAAAAAACAUCGGAAAUACUUUUUUCAAAUCCCAGAACUGGGAGAUGGCUAUUAAAAAAUAUGCAAAGGUUUUAAGAUAUGUGGAUAGUUCAAAGGCUGUUACUGAGAAAGCAGAUGGAUCCAGGCUGCAAUCUGUAGCCUUAAGCUGUGUGCUGAAUAUUGGUGCUUGUAAACUGAAGAUGUCAAAUUGGCAGGGGGCAGUUGACAGCUGUUUAGAGGCUCUUGAAAUGGACCCAUCAAAUACCAAAGCACUGUAUCGCAGAGCUCAAGGAUGGCAAGGAUUAAAAGAAUACGAUCAGGCAUUGGCUGAUCUUAAGAAAGCUCAGGAAAUAGCACCAGAAGAUAAAGCCAUCCAGGCAGAAUUGCUGAAAGUCAAACAGAAGAUAAAAGCAGAGAAAGAUAAAGAGAAGGCAGUAUAUGCAAAAAUGUUUGCUUAGUAAAGAUUCGAUUUUGCUACAAUAUUAUGCAUUUAUUGUAUAAAGGCAGUAAGACAAUGUAUGAGGUAUUGACUAUAUAUGAUUGUCAAUGUGAUUCUUUUGACAUUUCAGUUCUUCAUUGUUUACACUUUAAAAUACUGAUAUAGGUUACCUCUUAAUAAAAUGUGUCACAAAAUACAGUGAAGUUUUUUUUAAAAAAUUCUAUCUGUAUUUUCACAAAGGUGUCCAGUUUGCUUUUAAACUCCUUAAGUUAUAUCAUGUUGAAUGAAUUGAUGAACACUUGUUUGUAUGUUUUCCUUAAUCCUUUGCUGGUGUUUUAUGCUUAGAGAUGACACAGGAUUUGGCAGUUUUUCUGCGAAGAGCCAGAUAGUAAAAUUUUUACAAGUGUGUACCAUCUAGUAUGUCACAAUUACUCAGUUCUAUAGUUAAAACUCAAGCAAGACAGUCGGUAGUUGAUGGACAUGGCUGUUUCAGUAAAACUGUAUUCAUAGUUAAGUGGUGAGCUGGAUGUUGAUCCCUGGUCUAGAAUGUAUAUUCAUUUUUAUAUUAGAAGAUUUAAAUUUGGCAAGUCAACUGUAUGGUAAAGUCCAUUAAGGCAUUUUGCUGUUGGUGCUAAAAUCUUGAACAAGUGAAGAGAUAAGCAGAUGCUAUAUCAUUUGUAAUUUUAUUGUUUAAGAGAGAAAUAUUUCAUAAUUUUUAUGGGACAAUUUUACAUAGAGUAUAAAAUAUAUAUUUCACCAGUAGUUAGUUUGUGAAGGGUACUUGUUAACCUCUAAAUAUUUUAAUUUUAUUUUGCCAUACAUUUACACUUUAAAGAAUCUGGUUAUCAAAUGUGCCUGAAAUGAAAUAAAUUGCAGUUUACAUUCCAUUAUAAGCUGGUCCUCCUCCACCUUCAGGCACCACCCAGUUAAUAUUCUGACUUGGAUCUUUAAUAUCACAUGUUUUACAGUGCACACAGUUCUGAGCAUUUAUCUGUAACCGAAAUCCAUCACCUUGUUCCAAAGGUACAAAUUCAUAAACUCCUGAAAGUAAAAAUGAGUAAUGUUAAAAGUACUGAAUUUAAACCAUUUCUAAAUUUAAAAGUUUCUUUUUUUUUUGGUGGUACUAGGGAUUGAAUCUUGGUCCUUGCAUAUGCUUGACACUCUACCACUUAGCUACAUCUUUAGUCUUUUAAAAAACAAUUUUAUCUUGACAUGGUCUUGCUAAGCUGCUUGGCCUGGUCUUGAACUUGUGAUCUUCCUGCCUCAUCCUUCUGAGUAGCUGGUAUAACAGGGGUAGGUCACCAUAACUGGAUCAACAAUAGAAUUUAAAAUCCUGAAAGGAUUAGCUACAGAAACCUUAGAAGUUAUUUUCUGAAUGCUUACUCAUAGAGAAUAUCAUGACAAUUUUGGUGUGGGCUGUGUGCUGUGUUAGUAUAUAAAUGUACAUAAUAAAAUGAAGUAGAGCAAUAUUGACUGGGUGAGUCUAACAGGGGUCUUCAAUAAAUACUUAGCCAUCUUUGAGUUAAAGAUAUACACAUAUACACACAAUAUG